AUGAAUUUAAUUUAUUCACCAACUAUAAUUUUUCAUGAUAAAUUUAAAAUUACUUAUAAAAUUAUUGAAAAUAAUAAUUUUUUCUUAGAAUUUAUUGAAUUGGAUAAAAAUGGUGGUGCUAUAAAUCAAUAUUCAAAAACCUUUUCACAAAUUGAUAUUGAUAAAAUGGAUACUGGUGUUUUCACUAAUGCAGAAUCAUUUUCAAAUACAAUUAAAAGAGCAUUCAAUACAGAGAAUUGUGGUAGUUUUGAAGUUAAAAGAAUUAAACAUGAUAAAGAUAAUAAUAAUUUAAUAAUUUCUUUAAAAAUUAUAGUUUUAGAAAUUAAUAUAACAUUACCAAGAAAAUCAAAUUAUCAAAGUUUAGAUGAACGUGUAUCAAUUUUAGAAUCUCAAAAUUUAGAAUUAAAACAAAAAUUAUUAAUUUUAGAAAAAUUCAUUUUAACAAAUUUUCCAAAUAAUAAUAAUAUACUAAAUAAUAAUAAUAAUAAUAAUUCAAAUAAUUUAAAUUUAAAAUCAAGUAAUAAUAAUUUAUCAUUAUCACCACCACCACCAUCAACAUCACCUUAUUUAUCAAUAUCACCAAAUUUAAUUUCUUCACCAUAUCCUUCCUCCCCUUAA